CGUCACUGGGUGAGUUGGCAACAUGGACGGUCACAAUUGAGGGCAUUCUCAAUUGAUCUGUCAUUGUCAACUACAGCGGGGCGUGGAUUUACUCGAUGAGAUAGAGAAAGAUCAAGAAACGGGGAAUUCCUGGUGAUAUCUGCACGCCCGCGUCUGAGCCUCACUUGCAACAAUAACGUGGCAUCCGCAACCCGCAACCCACCAUCGCCAACCUCACCCUUCAUUGCCUCUGAAUCGCAACCACCAUGGGCUGGCCAUACGAGUUCGUCACGCUCUCCGACGAGGAAAAGCACCUCCGCCACGCCUCCAUCGCGCUCCACGCGGCCGUCGGCUUCUGGUCCGCCUUCGCGCCGGCCGCCGCGCUGCUGCUGGUGCGCGCCGUGGCCCGCGUGCGCCGCGCCUCCCGGGGCCACUAUCGCGAGGUGCCCAACUCGCCGGCCGUCAAGGCGCGGCGCCAGAGCUGGAGCGGCGGCGCGGCGCAGCGCUGGCGUGGGCUGCUGUGGUGGAUGGGCGAGGACGUGUACUUCCUCGGCGCGCAUUGGGGACAUCGCGAUGAAUGGAUCGUGGGACUCGUCUGGACCGUCUGGCUCUUGGUAUUGUGUGUUCGCGGGACGGGCAAAGAUUAUCUCCAUCUCACCAAACGCUUCGGCGCCAUCGCAACCUCGCAGUUGCCCGUCCAGUACCUCCUCUCACUCAAGUAUCUCAGCCCCUUUGGCUACUUCUUCCGCUCCUCGCACGAGCGCCUCAACCGCUGCCACCGCGUCCUGGGCCGCAUCGUCUACUUCCUGCUGAUUCUGCACGCCGUCUUCUACAACGUCUUCUUCAUCGAGUCCGGCAUCUGGCUCAAGCGCUUCUUCGCCUACGUCGUCUUCGCCGGCGUCGUCGCCUUCACCCUCCUGCAUGCUCUCAAUGGCACGUCCAUGGCCAAGAUGCGCGAGCAGUCGUACCGCGUCUUCUUCGUCGUCCACCUCACUGCCGCCUUUCUCGUGCCGCCGUUGAUCUUCUUUCAUGCGUCCUCGACGAGGAUCUACGUCUCCUUGGCCAUUGGUUUCCUCGUGCUGGAUCUUGUUGCGCGGAAGAUAAUUACCGUCACCGCACCGGCCAUAAUCGAGUCUAUUCCUGGUACAGACCUGCUCAAGAUAUCGGCUUCGAUGCCCAGCAAGAACAUUCUCAAGUUCAAAGCCCACCCGGGAGCACAUCUCUAUCUCAACCUGCCACCGGCAUCCCGCCCCAACCCCGACCCCCUUUCCACGGGUAACCUCCUCUUCGAAUUUCUUUACAAUCCCUUCACCGUUGUAUCAGCCAAUGAGGAAUCCGGCGACUUGACUUUUGUUGCCCGCAAGAGAAGUGGACCCAUGACAACCCGUCUCGCCGAGUUUGCGGCGGCCGGCGUUCCUUCAACACCGGAGGGCAGAAUCCCCCUUUGCAUCGAAGGCCCCUACGGCGCCGUAGGGAAGACCUUCCCUGACCUGGUUGGCUCUGGAAUUAGUCGCAUUCUCCUUGUCGCUGGUGGUGUCGGUGCCACCUUUGCCGUGCCCAUCUACCAUGCCAUCCUCGCCGAUACGCCUUCUGCCCGCAUCCAAUUUGUCUGGGCCGUCCACUCCCCCGGCGACGCCACCUGGGCUCCCGCCGACUCCACGGGGAAGAGCCUUAUGGACGACGACCAAGUACAGCUCUUCCUUACGGGCGACAUGGGCGUCUCCAGCACUCGCGACACUGCCGGUGGUGACAUCCAGUUGGACUCCCGGCCCCAGCAUAACGUGAAGCGGCCCAACUUCCAAAAGAUCGUUGACGACAUUUUCAAGACAGGGACGAAUGAAAAGGUCGCUGUGCUGGUCUGCGGACCAGUUCAGAUGGGGAGGGAGUUGCGCCGGUGCCUCACGCCCUGGGUUAUGAAGGGGCGUGACGUAUGGUGGCACAAUGAGAACUUUGGAUGGUGAACAACACCACCAAGCUGGCGUUUGGGUGACUGCUUUAGCAUUUCGGAUAGAUAGGGUUGAUUGAUCUUACACAGGCACUUAUUACGUACUGCACCAUCAGAGUUUUGCAGCCAGCAU